UUAGGAAGUGGGUAAUUCCCGUGGCCAGCUGCUGACAGACGGUAGCUCAAGUGGGACAGUCGCCAGGGAUGGCGGAGCAUGAGGAUGGAGCGGUUGUCCGGGCUGCUCUCCCGGAUGCUGAACCAAGUCCUGUGGCUCUCGGGCCUUUCUGAGCCAGGAGCUGCCCAGCGGCCCCAGAUCAUGGAAGAGAAAGCACUAGAGGUUUAUGAUUUGAUUCAAACUAUCCAAUACCCAGAGAAGCCCAAUAUUUUAGAAGAACUGGAAGUUGUACAGAAAAGUUGGGAGAUAAAUGAAGAAGAAUAUCUGGUUAUUAUCAGGUUCACGCCAACAGUACCUCAUUGCUCUUUGGCAACUCUUAUUGGGCUGUGCUUAAGAGUAAAACUUCAGCGAUGUUUACCAUUUAAACAUAUCAACAAGCAGAUAAAUGAUAAAGAUCGAGUGGCAGCUGCAAUGGAGAACCCCAACUUACGGGAAAUCGUAGAACAGUGCAUCCUUGAACCUGAUUAA